AUGUCUUUCGCUGCCCGCUCGGCGAGGGCCGACGAUGCCGGGGAUAGCUUUACGAACAACCUACUGACUGACUUUGCGCCGGUUCUGGCAUUGUUCGGUGAACAGCACGAUUGCGUGAUCUUCGCCAUAUUCCCACUUGGAAUCAUCACCGCCAUCGUGAGCACGAUCAGAGUUGCUGCACCGAACUCCUGGAAAGCCCUGGUCGGAAGGGCCAGGGAAAGCCGUGCCACGGCCGAGCUGGAGCUGCUCUCGUCCACAAGCCAGGAGGUUUGCGAGAUGUGGGACGGUCAAGCCAUCGUGAGGGUCAUGGGAUCUCCGCAGAUCCCAGAGCUGGUGUACAUCCUUGAGCGAAAGGGCGAGAAGCAGCGUGAGCUAUACAGGCUGCAAGGGGAGAGUCGAAAGGAGUCGAAAGACAGAGUGCUGGAGUUGAAAGCCCAUACCGGGAGUCUCAAGGAUGAGGAACAACAGAAAAACCUCUACUCAUCGCCUGAAGACACGGAAAGCUCUGCCGGAUUAUCGGCUCCCAACAUUUCUCUAAAUCUUGCACCUUCACCGGAUCAGAGAAAGCAAUCAUUGUUAUGGUUCUUAGUGUUCGCAGUGGCCCUCCAGCUCGGUGUGCUCGUCUUCUGUGCUAUAGCCAUAUAUCAUCCUCCGUGGAAAGCUCGCUUCGGUAAAAAUGGUCUCCCUGUUGUGGGCGCGGCGUAUCCGGUAGCAGCUGCGGGAGUCCUGACAACGACUAUUGGCAUGUUCUUGUGUGCUUGGAUCAUCGAACAAAGCACCAAGGAGGAAGUCUGGAAAAUAAAGGUGGCGGCUACUCCUUCCACGGAAGGAGACCACCAUCAUACCCUGCAGGCACCUUCAGGACGACAGGUUCUCAUUUUUUGGUUACAAAAACGCAAAAUCGUCAACGAUCAAACAUUCGAUUCAUACGUAAUCUUUACUUCGGGACCUCGCAAUUCUGUUCUGACCUCGAGACGAAACGGGAAUGUUGCCAGUCCCAGUAGGACCACACAACUCCCUGGCGGUUCCCAAACCGUGGAGACCGGCUUACCGCAUCAGAAACUGGCCAUAUUCGGGGCGACCAUUUUCAUUAUCGGAUUCAUACUGAAUUUCUCCGGCUUACGACUGAUGCACUGGUCAGCGACCAUUGCGCAGUUUGUUGGAACUGCGAUCAUGACCUCUGUGAGAAUCUGGCUGUGUCGCGAUUUAGCUGGGCGCCCCGAUGCGCAACAGAUCCUCGAUGGCUACGAAAUGGAUUGGCUUGCGCUACUGCUUGCGGCAAAUGGAGAAAGUCUUUCGCUAGGCCGCAAUGAAAGAUUGAAGCAGGCUUCCGCCAUAGAAAAGAACGAAUCGAGCGCCUUUUCGACUUGGGCCGUCGUUGUUGGCAAUAAAGUUCAUGACGAUAAAGAGAGGGAUGAGAAGAAAGGAGAUGAUGAUGAUGAGACUGAUGAGGAGAGCGACCAGGAAGGCGACCAGGAAGGCGACCAGGAAGGCGACCACGUGGGUGACCAGGAAGGCGACAAAGCCAUUGAGGGUAAUCUUAACUUGGCAUCAAGGGCGCUCCGCAUCCGGGAACGUCUAGGGUAACUCAGCAAGUGGACAGGACGAGCUUCUGAACCAGCGAUAUCGGUUGCAACUGCAAUCGAAGCAGUGAUGAAUGCGCUCUACCCACAGAAACUGCCAGAACCCUUCGAAUUUCCUUUCUAAG